CCAGUUCGGCUAUGGCUGGCGUAUGUUUAUUGUAUCAAUUUGUAUGUCAAUUAUCAAUUAACCCUUGUUAAAUAAUGGCCUGUUGAUUAUUAAAAAGCAGAGCUUAAAUAAGAUUCUAUCGAUGUGAAGUGUAUUCAGUGUGUGAACCAUGGCAGCUGGUGGCGAGGAUCUGUGGCGCGAGUGCGCGGCUUGGCUUACGAGAUGUGGAUUAUUACGUCCAGAUCAUAAGGCGAAUUGGGAGACGAGUAAAAUACACGAUUUAGCGUAUACGCUGCGAGAUGGAGUACUUCUGUGUAACCUUUUAAAUGUCCUUCAUCCGGGGUGCAUAGACAUGAAGGACGUAAAUCAGCGCCCCCAGAUGGCACAGUUCCUAUGCAUGAGGAACAUCAAAGUGUUCCUGCGGACGUGCCAUGAAGUGUUUGAACUGCGCGAGACAGACUUGUUUGACCCCUCCAUGCUGUUUGACCUGUCCAACUUCCACCGAGUCCUCUGCACGCUCGCCAAACUCAGUCAAUGUCCUAAAGCAUUGGCUAAAAGUAUAAAGCCAUUCUCAGCGAACAGAACUCAAUCGGAGGAGGACAUAUACAAAGACCUGCAGUCUGUCGCGUGCCAGUCGUUGGACAUUCCGCCGUCGUACGAGACGGUGCAGACGCAGAGUAGCGAUGUGCCCUGGGUUCAGUUCACGAUACCGAGCAGUAACUGCGAGGAACGAGUCGAGGAGAUAUACGAGGACCUCUGCUAUGUGAAACUCAACUCGGAAGUGCCCGAGCUAGCGUCGUCUUCACAUAGUUUAGAGAAACGGGAUUAUGUUAUACGAGAGUUAGUAGAUACAGAGUGCAAUUAUGUGGAUGUGUUGAGCAAAAUAAUUAAAUACUUUCUGCGGCCGCUGACGCCGUACUUGAAGCCGCAAGAUAUGCAAGUUAUUUUCUUCGGUGUAAAGGAACUGCACGAAAUCCACACGGGCCUAUUACGGCAAUUGCGUCUUGCUACCGAAAUGUGCGUGCCCGGCAGCGGGGCGCCGAGGCUAGCUGAUGUAUUCCUAGCUUGGAGGGAAAAGUUGCUACUAUAUGGGGAUUAUUGCUCCAACUUAACGACAGCACAGGAUACGUUGAAGACCCUGGACGCUAGGGAUCCGAUGUUUAGCAAACAGCUCGCGAAAUGUCAAAAAGAGCACAGCGACGGUCGCAUCCAGUUGCGCGAUAUCUUAUCGGUUCCGAUGCAGCGGAUACUCAAAUACCAUUUACUUUUGGAUAAACUUGUGCAAGAAACUCAACCAAAUCAUGAAGAAUUCCGAGGUUUAGAGCGUGCCAAAGAGGCUAUGGUGGAUGUGGCGCAAUACAUCAAUGAGGUGAAGAGGGAUAGUGAGGUGCUCGCGUUGCUGGCUAAAGUGCAGGAGAGCAUAAUAGACUGGGACGGUGGUGAGCUCGGUGCCGGCGGGGCGUUACUUGCGGCAUACGGGCGGUUACUCCUCGACGGCGAGCUGAAGGUGAAAGCGCACGAGGACCAGAAGUUGCGCUCGAGAUACGUGUUCGUGUUCGACAAGCUGAUGCUGCUGUGUAAGCCGGUUAAGGACAACCAGUACUCGUACCGCGUGGGCAUCCGGCUGGCGGAGUACCGCGUGGAGGAGGGCGGCGGGCGGCGCGCGCUGCGCACGGACUCGCGCUGGGCGGCGCACUUCUACCUCGUGCGCCGCACCAAGGAGGCCACGUUCACGCUGUACGCGCGCACCGACGAGUGCCGCCGCAAGUGGCUCAAGACCAUCCAGGAUGCCAUAGACAAUUUGGAACCAGCUGGAUGCCGGAAUACGAAUCACAAGUUUGUUCUACAUACAUUCGAGAAGCCAGCUACAUGCCAUCACUGUUCGAAAUUCCUCAAAGGCAGAAUAUUCCAAGGCUACCUGUGCUCGGUGUGCAACGCGUGCGCGCACAAGGACUGCAUCGCGCUGUCGGGGCGCUGCGGCGGCGGCCUGUCCGUGGCCCCGCCCCUGCCGCCGCACACCCAGCUGCCCGACCACUCGCUGCACUACUACAUGUGGUACGUCGGCGAGAUGGGGCGCGAGACGGCGACAGCGCGGCUGGAGCGGCGAGUGGACGGCACGUUCCUGCUGCGCGUGCGGCCGCGCGCCGCCCCGCACGCGCCCACCGACACGCACUACGCGCUCUCGCUCAAGACGGACAACACAGUGAAGCACAUGCGUGUGUGCCGCAAGCCGAUCGAGUCGGUGCCGCACUACUACCUGUCGGAGUCGCGGUUCUUCCGCAGCGUCGUGGAGCUCGUCACGUACUACGAGCGGGUCAGCCUCGCUGAGAACUUCGUGGGAUUAAACUCGAGCCUCCGCUGGCCAUUCCGGCGCGUGGUGGCCUCCGUGAUCCACGACUUCCGUCCGCUGGAGGGCAGCCAGCUGGCGCUCCGCCCCGGGGCGAAGGUGCUCGUGCUCAGCAAGGAGGGCGACAACCGCGGCUGGUGGAAGGGCAGGAUACUGGACAAGGGCGACAACCGCUCCGGCUACUUCCCAAAGGACUGCGUGGUGGAGGAGCCCGAGUGUAUCGGGGCGCUCGACUGAUGUUACUUUUGCCUCGCCGAGCGCGAGAGGCACUACUUGGAGCAGCUGAUGGAUGACCUGGUGUAAACACCUAGGUCCGAAGACCUGAAUGUUCUAGAAUUGAAGAUCUGGUCAGAAGACUUGUUUUGAAUGUGCUAGGGCCGAAGAUCUCGUCUGAAUGUCCUAAGUUCGAAGAUAUUGUCUGUGAGUCCGAGAUCCAAAAUACUGUUCUGAAUGGCCUAGAACCGAAGAUGUUGCUUGUAUGACUUAGUUAUGAAAAUAUGGUGACAAAGGGCUAGGUUCAAAAUCUUGAUAUAAUGUCCUAAGUCCGAAGACAUGAUCUUAAAGUUUUUAGGUCCAAGGAUCUGGUCUGAAAGUCCCAGGUCCUAUGAUCUGGUCUGCUGAAUACACUACGGGUAUCGGCAUGGUACAAACUAAGAAAAACAAGAUGGAUGAAGUCGUUCAAGCGAGGCGCUAUUUGUGUGUGCAUAAUUUAUUUAAACUCUAUGUGUGUGACAAAAUAAGUGUUGAAGGAACUGUAAUCUCCUAUGUGUGUUGGUUUAAAGUGGACAUAGGGAAGUACUGUUAUUUAUGUGAAUCGAACCCUAAGGUUAUAUGUAUAAGGUUCAAAAUUGAAAAUAAGGUUAUAUUGUUUAGCACAACGGAAUUGAGAUGAUUUUUUGGUACAUUAUAACAGUAUUUUCCAUAAUUCCCCUUUACCCAUCAGUGAUAUUGUAUUAAGUGUCUUAUAUGUGAAGUUGUGAACACUUGUAGAUAGGACAGACGGAAUGAAUGUAAGUUUUAUUGUAUUGUAGAUAGUGUCUUA